AGUGGCUGAGGCUAUUAUCAAUAAAAAACAAACAUUCAAAGGAGAAGUUUUGACUCUUCGAUCCAUGGCUACGGAACUGGAUCUUAUUAAAGCCAUAAAGCAAGGAGAUGUGGAUAUCGUUGGAAAAGAAGAAAGAACGAUUCUGGUUUCUGAACUUCCCGAGGGAAUACCUAAAAACACAAUUCAUAUCCACUUUCAAAGAAAAAAGAAUAACGGAGGAGAAGUAGAGGACACCGUGCUUUUGCCAGGAGGGAAGCAAGCUUGGGUAAUCUUUGAGGAUCCCAAAGGUAGGAAGUACAUUGUGCAAGUAAAUAUGCACUCAGGACACAUAGUUUACCACAUGAGUUAUCUAACAAUGGAAAACUAUUUUGCAAUUGAAGUGUGCUUUGAUACGUAUAAAGAACUAAAUUAACAUUAUUGAUACUGGAUAACUAAAUCACUUGUAAAGUAUUCUGCCAGUAGAAAUCCUAUAAGGGUUAUCUUUUAUUGUUACAGUAUAACUGCACAAGAAAACUAGAGUACAUGGGUCAAACCUGCGGGGUAUGGUCGAGUGAUAGCAUAAUUCCCACACGCGACAGAGGGGAAACUCAAAUCAGACAAUUAUCGACUGCAGAAUCAAACUUUGAGGCCGGUUGUAUAAAACUCUUAACUACCGAUAAUUUGUAGUUAAAUUGUAGUUAACUCUAAAAUGUUCGAUUCUGAUUGGUUAACUUUUCCACUGACUAUAUUUUACAUCAACUACUUUAUACAACCUGUCCCUGUUCAUAGAUUACUAACCGUAACCACUGAGUCACCAACCGACCACAAGUGUAGAAACAAGACUUAUUGUUUGUCUUGGACUUUAAAUAUUAUAUAAUUCUUGAAUUAGUGGCCGAGAAAGUUGUGGAUAUAGAGCAAAUAAUUCAAGGAAAGCGGGUGCGAGUUGAACUUUUGAAGACGGAAACGAAAGCGACUGAAUGGAGUGUAGAAUCAGCAACAAUUCUGGUCUCUGAUCUCCCUGAAGGAGUGACAGAAAACCGUAUUACAAUGCAUUUUCAAAAGAGAAAGAAUGGCGGAGGUGAAGUGAAAAAGGUUCAACUUUCAUCUGACAGGAAAGAAGCAACAGUUACCUUUGACGACCCCAAAGGUUUGUAUUAUGAGCAGAUAAGUUAAGGGCUGGACAAAUCAAACCUGUGGGAUAUGGUCGAAUGAUAGCAUAAUUCCCACACGCAACUGAGGGGGAAAUUCAAUAUAUAAAUCAGACAAUUAUCGACUGCAGAAUCAAACUUUGGGGCCGGUUGUAUAAAACACUUAACUACCGAUAAUUUGUAGUCAGUAAAUUGUAGUUAAAUCUAAAAUGUUCGAUUCUGAUUGGUUAACUUUUCCACUGACUACAUUUUACAUAAACUACUUUAUACAACCUGCCCCUGUUCAUAGAGUACUAACCCGUAACCACUGAGUCACAAACCGACCACAAUUGUAGAAGCAAGACUUAUUGUUUAUCUUGGUCUUUAAAUAUUAUAUAAUUUUUGAAUUAGUGGCUGAGAAAGUUGUGGAUACAGAGCAAAUAAUUCAAGGAAAGCAGGUGCGAGUUGAACUUUUGAAGACGGAAACACAAGCGACUGAACGGAUUGUAGAAUCAGCAACAAUUCUGGUCUCUGGUCUUCCUGAAGGAGUGACAGAAAACCGUAUUACAAUGCAUUUUCAAAAGAGAAGGAAUGGCGGAGGUGAAGUGAAAAAGGUUCAACUUUCAUCAGACAGGAAAGAAGCAACAGUUACCUUUGACGACCCCAAAGGUUUGUUAUUAUGAGCAGAUAAGUUAAUAGCUGGGCGAACCACGAGAAAUUAGUCUAGGACCUGUAUAGGAGUUUGUGUGCAUUUCAUUUACUACAGGUAAUCUCAACUGUUUUGGGGUAAAAUGACCAUGGCGGUCAACAUGGCUUAUGUGCAAAAACCUGAAUCCGGGAUGAAAGUCCUGAAAAUGACCCGCCCUGAAACGGCAGUGCCGACAUAACUCUAACUU